AUGGAGAUCUUUUAUAACGGUCUCAAUGCUCAAACUCGAAUGGUGGUGAAUUCAUCAGCAAAUGGGGCACUUCUUGACAAGUCCUACAAUGAAGCUUAUGCGAUUCUAGAGAGGAUAGCCAACAAUGACUAUCAAUAUCCAAUCAGCAGGGAUACUACAGGAAGAAGAGUAGUUGGGUCCUAUGAAGUAGAUGCAUUGACUGCUAUUACAGUCCAAGUGUCUUCUUUAGCCAACAUGGCCAAGUCCAUGAAAAUGUCAGGAGAAGCUCAACAAGUGAAAACAACAACUGUUUCAUGUGUAUACUGCAGAGAUGAUCAUUUAUUUGAAGAAUGCCCUUCUAACCCAGCAUCAGUGUGUUAUAUGGGUAAUUUCAAAAGGGGAAACAAUCCCUACUCCAAUUCUUACAAUCCUGGGUGGAAGCAGCAUCUGAAUUUUUCUUGGAGUAACCAAGACUCAAGCUCAUCAAGUAGACCUAACCGAGCAACCCCACUACUUGGUUACCAACAAACAAACCCACUUCAAAAACUAGUAAACCAGGAGCAGAAAAAUGCACUCAAAAUCAUGCUAAAAGAGUAUAUUGCAAAGAAUGAAAUGGAGAUUCAAAAUCAAUCCGCCAUGAUUCAAAACCAAGUAGCGUCUUUGAGGAAUCUAGAAAAUCAAAUGGGGCAGCUUGCUAAUGCUCUAAAUAACAGAUCCCAUGGGACUUUGCCUAGUGACACGGAGAAGCCAAGGCAUGAAGGGAAUGAGCAUUGCAAGGCAAUCGCUCUUAGGAGUGGGAAAGAGCUGGAGAUGCCAAAAGACAAGUCUAAGAAGCAUGGGGAGCCCUCUUCAAUCCAACCAGAAGAAAAGGAGGAAAAUGGCGUGAAAGAUUCAACAAAUCAGCACUCUGUUGAAAAUUUUGCUGUAGCAACAAAGCAGAAUAGCCAUGAUCAGCAAAAAGUCAAUUUGUCACCACCAUUCCCUCAGAGAUUCCAAAAGCAGCAACAACAUAAGCAAUUUGGCAAGUUUCUUAAUGUAUUGAAGCAACUCCACAUCAACAUACCUCUUGUGGAAGCCUUGGAGCAGAUGCCAACUUAUGCAAAGUUUAUGAAAGACAUGCUUACGAAGAAAAGAAGGUUUGGAGAAUUUGAAACUAUGGCACUCACAAAAGAAUGCAGUGUGAUUUUGCAAAGUAAGCUACCACCCAAGUUAAGUGACCCUGGAAGUUUCACAAUUCCCUGCUCCAUUGGAGACACCUACUGUGGAAGGGCUCUAUGUGAUCUCGGUGCAAGUAUAAAUUUGAUGCCAAUGUCAUUUUUCAAGCAAUUGGGCAUAUGUGAAGCAAGGCCAACCACGGUUACACUUCAAUUUGCUGACCGCUCGUUUGUUUACCCCGAGGGAAAAAUUGAAGAUGUCCUUGUACGGGUAGAUAAGUUCAUCUUCCUUGUGGAUUUUAUCGUGCUUGACUAUGAGCCCGAUAAGGAGGUGCCAAUCAUCUUAGGCAGGCCAUUUCUUGCUACAGGCAGGACGUUGAUUGAUGUACAAAAAGGAGAGCUCACAAUGAGGGUUCAUGAUGAGCAGGUCACAUUUAAUGUGUUCAAGGCUAUGCAAUUUUCAGAUGAUGUGGAAAAGUGUGCAGCUGUGAGUAUUUUUUAUGUUGUUGUGAAUGAAGAAAUCCAAAAGAUGUGCUGCAAGGAUGCAUUUCAAGUGUCUUUGUUUGGCAUUUUUGAUGAGGAUAACGGAGAGGACAAUGCUCAAGUGACGUGGGUGGGAACCAAGCAACAUGGAGAUAAUGGGAAGAGGCUGUUUGAAUCAUUAGAAUUAACUGAGGGAGUGUUUAAACGAGUCAAGCCAUCUAUUAAAGAAGCACCAGUGUUGGAGUUAAAACCUCUUCCUUCACACUUGAGGUAUGCUUACCUAGGAGAGGGAAGCACCUUACCCGUGAUUAUUUCAUCCUCUUUAGAUUCGAAGCAAGAGAAGUUGCUGCUGGAGCAACUCAGUUGA